UCUAUGAAUGAAUAUGGCGAUGCAAUACACACGCUCACUUGUUUUCCUUCGUCUCUGCAAUUGAAUUCCAUGGCGGCCGUAAGAAAAAUAAUUGAGGUCAAUAGAAAUAAAAUCUUGUCGCCAUCUCUUCUCUCUUUUCGCCGGGGAAUUGCUUACAAGCUUUUUGUUGGAGCUAGCUUCUUGACACUAGGAUUGUCCUUCUACACCACAGAGAAUGCAUUAUCAGAGGCAUUCUCCAAUUACGGGCAAGUUAUUGAAGCCAAAAUUGUAACAGAUAGGGUGUCAGACAGAUCUAAGGGAUUUGGGUUUGUCACCUUUGCUUCUCAAGACGAGGCUGAGAAUGCCAUAGAAGAUAUGAAAGGAAAGACAUUAAAUGGACGUGUUAUCUUUGUUGAUUAUGCAAAGCCCAAUAUCAACACUCGUGGUGAAAUUCCAAUUGCCAGAGGACCUCCUGAGCCAACAUCAACACCAGAUACUUGAUUUUCCCUCAGACUAUAUGAUAUAUAUAAUGCUUAAUAUGUACUUGAGCAAGAGAUAUGUAGAACUGAGUUUUUUUUAGGAUUAUAGAUGCAUUAUGCACCCAACAGUUAGAAGCAUUGCUCAGCACAAGUGUCAACUGAAGGGUUGAUGAUCUGGCAUGUGGAGAAUUUUUUGGUUGUUUUUAGCUGAAGGAUAUAAACGGGGUGUUACGCAAGGCCGAAUUAUGACUGAACUAAAGGCUGGUUGUUCUUGCCACAUCUUUGUGGCAAAAAAUCUGAUUCAACUAUUUUUCAUAAAUUGCCGGUGUAAAAAAAAAGUAUUAUACCAAUUAAAUCCUGAAAUUAUUAUUACUGCUAUA